CUUACAAUGAAAAAUCAAUAACAAUAAUCAUCUGGCAAUACUAAUGCUGCUUAGAUUAGAAAGAAGCUACUUAAUAAUUAAUAAGUUUUAUCAGAAAGUUAAAAGAAUGAAAUCAAAAAAGCUUUUGAUUAUUUUGAUACAGCAGGAUCAGGAACAAUAGAGGCAACAAAUUUAAAAGUAGUAUUAAGAGCUUUAGGUUUUGAUCCAACUUAAGAAGAAAUUGGAAAAUUAAUUAAAGAUCUUGGUAAAGGAGAUGUUAAAUAUGAUGCUUAGAGAAUUGAUUUUUAAGAAUUUCUAGAAAUUAUGAUGGUUAAAAUGAGUUAAAAAGAUUCUCUAGAUGAUAUCAAAAAAGCAUUUAAUCUUUUUAAAGAUAGUAACAAUCAAAAAGUAUAUUAAUGAAUAUUCAUUUAGAAAAUAAUCACAUUUGAUUCAUUAAAGAAAGUAAUCUAAGAUUUAGAUGAGGAUAUGACUGAUUAAUAAAUUUUAUAAUUGUUAAAAGGAGCCCAAUCAAAUACAAAUGAAUUGAAAGAGAUGGAUAAAGAUGGUAAAAAGGAGAAGAAAUAACCUGAAGAUGAAUAUAAGAUAGAAGUUUCAGAAGAUCAAUUUAUUAAAAUAUUAACAAGAGAUCUUAAUGAUGAUAAAAAGAAAUUAUGA